CCGCGUUCGUUUAGUUUUUUGAAAAAGAAAAAAAGAAGUCUUCUCAUAUAAAAGCGAACGCUGCCACUUUACAUUUCCUGUAACACGAGGAGAAUCUAAGAUUAUGAUAGAACUGACCUAGACUAUCCUAUGGUUAACAGAUUAAGAUGAAAACUGUUGGUUUAGGCAAGAACAAGAAGUCAAGCAAACAGUAGUAGUAGUAGGCGGCGGCGGCUGUGCUGUGCUGUGCUGUGCUUCAAGACAAAGCUACGACGGAACAUUUACGUACGGGAGGAUAUCCCAGCUCCUGCGGAAGAAGUGACUCUUGCAGACGCAACCAGGACGCGAGUGGUAAUAAGUUGAGGUGAACACCUGCUUGGAAGGGUCCAUAUCGCAGCUGGAAGCGCCCUCAGGCCCUGCUGCUUUGAGUGGACAUUUGGGUGGACGUUACCCAGCCUGACUACUCAAGUCUAAACGGGGAACUCUUCCAGCCAUGGCUCUUCCUGUUGCCCUGAGUCCUGGGGCCCCAUAUGGCAGUGGGACUAUGAGAGGACAAGUGGUUAGACAAGUGAGGUGAGGAAGGAAGAGUGGGGAAACUUAAAAGAAAGAGGGAGAAAGAGAAUGGAGAGGAAAAGGCAGAGCAUCACUGCUGGGGAGCUGGAAUGGACCCCGGCCCCAGAGCCUGCAUCUCCUGCCUCUCCUGCCAGCCCUGGGGGGUCGGAGGCUGAGCUGAGCUGGGAGGGAGGUGGAGGAGAGGAGGAGGAUGAGUUCCAGAGCCAGAUGGAUGAGCGGGGGAUCAUCGGCCUGGAGGAGACCCAGGGCGAAGAGCUGAUGUUGGGGUUGGGAGAGGAGAUGGAUCCAGACGAGGAUGACUUUGGCUCGUCCCCCUACUUUGAGAGGAGGUCCCAGGGAGAAGGGCACGAGUGGGGUCUGGGUGGGGAAGAGGAGCAGGGUUUCGGAGAGGAAGAGGAGUGGGAUGAGGAGCAGGAGCAGAGCGGCAUUUGGGACACGGGGACACCCGAACCACACAAGGGUCCCCCCAUGACUCUGCAGGAUCUGAGCUUUAACCUGAGCGAACUCCUGGACUCUGACCCUGCUGGAGAGGACACAAACACUCCAUCUCAGCUUGAGGAUCAUUCUCUAGAGGGGCAGGACAGUUUGACUUUGCAGGAAGGCUGGACUGAGGAUGAGAGACAGCAUAGAGUGGGAGGUGACGGUGAUGUGAAUAGGGUGACUCAGAACCGGAACAGGAACUGGACUCCCUCACAUGGACACAGUCAGGUGGAUACGACUGAGGAUGAAGUAGCUGAUUCUGAGUGGGAGGAGUUCCAGAAUGUCCCAGCCCCUCAAGUCAGAGCAAGGAAUUCUGGGUCGAGACAAGCCCACUGUGACUCAGAAUAUAGGACUGGAUCUAACGGACCAGAAAGUUCUGACGGAGAGAGCAUGAAGGUAGACCAGCUAGGCGAGCAAACUGGUUAUCACUUGACCCCAACACCCUCCCCCAGGAGAAGUCCACUUGAUUUUCAGGAAAUUCCUCAGCCUUCCAAUUCAGUCUGCAAGUCUGAACUCAGGCUUGGACACAGGAACAACUUAGGGCUAGAACCAGGUCUUAGUUCAUCAAUUUUACCAAGAAAUCUUCCAACAAACUCCUAUGAGGAAACCAACCGUUCUAUUCAGGGAAGCCCAGAGUCUUCAGAUGCGACAUUUUCUAAGGCUGAACUUAGGGACUCACCAUCCAGAUCAUCUCCUAUUAGGCCAACUCAUCAUAAGAGCCGAAAGAACAGGUUUCCAAAGGCAGACCUUCAUGCUGGAGGGGAGACGGAGGAGCAUUACCCACAAGCCUUUGAGGACUUGAAAGGUCCACAGAAGGUUGUACAUAACAUAUCUAGUUUCACAAGGCACUCUACUUCCCACACCCCACCUCCUUCACCUCACCCUGUUCCUCAUACAGUUCCACUGAUCUCUCCUCCUUCCCACCUCCUGCACCUGUCCAUGGAAGAUCCUUUAGACUUCCCUGGGAUUCAGGAGGAGAAGUUUCCAGAAGCUUCCUGCACAGAGAGCCUCCCAGACUCUAGUGUUUGUCCUCCUCGACCAACUCCUUCUCGAAGAAACCAGCAUGAUUCUCAGGAAAGCCCACAAUCCUCAGCUCCUGCACCUUCUAGGGCUGGACACAGGAAGUCACCUCCCCGCUCCUCUCCAGACAGGACUCAUCAUAAUCAUCUUAGGAGCCCAAAGACCAGCAAGAUUGAGAGGAGGAGGCCUGGUGCUGCUGCUUUCAGCACAAGCCCUGCUGCUAGCCACACAGACAUCAGGCGAGGGAAGCUCACCCACCCCUCCCCCGACUUCUCCAAAGUCCAGCCUCGGGUCCACUUUCCCAAGACGGGCUACAAACCCCCCAAGAGUAAGCAUGCUGUCCAGCAGGAUGGCGAGCCCCCGGAGCCCCUGAUGGUUUUCAAGUCUCCGGCGGAGAUUGUCCGCGAGGUGCUCCUGAGCAGCAGCGAGGACCCCCAGGAGUCUCCAUGCCCCGGCGACGGUGGGCCCCAUGGGCCCCUGAACCGUACGGUGCCCGAGGGCUUCCGGGACCCUCAGCAGGCCACCGCUCUGAUGCAGCAGCUGCAGGAGGAUUACAAAAGACUGCUGACAAAAUAUGCUGCGGCAGAAAACACUAUUGACCGACUGCGCUUGGAGGCCAAGGUUGGCCUGUACUCGGACCCACCCAAGCCAAGCCACUCCGUCCAAUCAGGGUCCGUGAAGGAGGGGUCAAAGGUCAUGACCCUUAGUUUUCCUCAGGCUCAGAGGGCUGAGUUGGAUGCACCUCAGCAGACUCUCCAAAGGUCAAACUCAGAUCAUGCAGCCGUGUCCCCUGCCCGGCCCUCCUCCGUGGACUCGGUCUCCAGACAGAGGGGUCUGCGUGCCAUCGAGCAGCUCACCACAGCCCUGCUCUCUCAGGUCCAGAGGUUCCACCUGCAGCUUGACACAUUUGAGGAGCUCCUGAGAAGAGGUCAACUGAAAGCCCAUGAGCAGAUGAAGGGCCUGCAUGAGCUGGCUCAGGGCCAGGAGGCUCUGGAGAGGGCCUACCUUGCCGCACGGGAGGAGCACAAGUUCCUACAGCAGACAGGAAGCAGGCUCACACCUUUUGACCCAAACAGGGACCUUGAAGGACAGAUCUUCCAGUCAGGGAUGCGAUUGGACGAGCUGAAGGAAUGGGUGGAGCAAACCCAGCAGUCCUCGCCCAUGUCCGAGCCUCAGCCCUCUCCACAUCCGAUCUCCCUGAGCCCGAGGGAGAGUGACACGCUGCCACGCCCACAGGUAGUCUCUCCCGCCACUCAACCCCCCCCAACGGGUCCAGUGUGUCCUGUGGGUGUGGGAGAUCAGAUGACCAUCAGGGUGGAGGUGAGCUCAGUGAGCGGAGUCGACAUGGAGGAAGAGGAAGACGAAGACGAAGAGGAUUCCCUGCCUUCUCUCCUCCUCCGCCCCCUCCAACAGAAGCACCAGUGCGUGGAGCGGGACUUCAGCAAUCUGCUGGGCCAGUAUCAGAGUGUGAAGGAGCUGCCGCAGGUUCUUGACGUGGCAUCCAGACCCAACUGGCACAGCACCCCCGACCCAGAUGCCACUCCUCUCCCAGGGGAUGAUGGGAUAGAGGCGAGACCACACUGGCCUAGUGACAGCGAACAAGGCCAGAGCCGUCCACCUCAACAGGGGUCCCUCCCAAUGCUGGAGCCUUCCACGGGGCCCGGUGCAGAGUCCCUGCGCGGCAGCCUGGCGGAGCUCCAUCUGGGGGGAGCCCCCCUGGAGCGCUGCUCCUCUUACCCCGGUGCUCAGGACGUCUCCAGCCCCAGCCGGGCUUCAGGGAGCAGGAGGUCGGGCAGCAGCAGCCUCUACAGCCUGGGCGAUGGGAUGGCUACUGCUACCACAACACUCAACAAGAGAACCUACAAGGCCCAGGCCAGAAAUGCUAGAGCGCCCUCUCAGGAUGGUCUUCUGUCCCCGGAGACUGACAGUGGCUUUGUGGGCUCCGAGAGCCGCCUGACUCCUGCACUUCACAGUCCUCUCCAGCUGGGGGAGAAGGCGAGGACAACGCCGCUGGAGGAAACCGAGGAAACUGAGAGUCCCGUGACAGUCACUGACUCAGGGCGACCUCCUUCCCGUGACCCCCAGCAGAGGCCUCUCGCGGGCUCGACUGGGUCAGCUGGAGGAGCCCCCACACCUCUGCAGAGGAGGGGAGGGGGAGGAGAGAGGAGGCCCCCUCCCAGCCUGUCUUCCAGCAGCUCCCCCCAGCGCUGGGCAAGGGAGCCACUACAGGCCUGGACCAGCAGUGGGGCCAGUGAGACCCACUCCCUGUCAGGACAGGAGGAGAAGGAACAGAACAGCCAGUACUACAGACGAGCGACCAAUCAGCCGCCAGUAUACCAGCGAAACUCCUCCCUGUCUGCGCCUUAUCGCCAUGGCGACCACCUCAAAGCCCAAAGUUCUGUCCAGCUGACCAAUCAGUGUGAGGCCCUCCAGUCCCUGCAAGUGGAGGUGAACAGACUGAAGGAGUGUUUGGAGGGGACUCUAUGUGUGCCCCUCUCCACCAGCACUGAGCCAGCCUCUCCACACAGCCCACCCGCACACAGCACGCCUUACAGAUACACCCCUCACAGGUACACCCCUCACAGGCCAUCUAAGCGGAACAGCAGGAGAGCGGAGGAUGGAGAGAGCAACAGAGUGACCGAGGAGGAGGAGGAGGAGGAGGAAGAGGUGGUGGUGGAGAGGAGGACCCAGAGGUCCAGAUCAAUGUCUAUGCCCCGCCCUCGGCCAGAGACCUUAGAUGAUUCUGGGCAUGCCCAGUCUGAGCCCAAACAAGAGAUGAGAUAUACAGCAGUAUUCAUAGCAGCUCGGAGAGAGAGUCUGACAGUGAUUUCAGCAGCACAGGAGAGCAGUGGAGGCCAUACCUGCCAGCGCCUUGGGCCAUCUGUUGUGCCUGAAGACAUUGUUGAUGCCAACCAGAGGGGGAAUCUGGGCACUGCGUACCACGGCUCAAAGCACUGUGCCAAUCCGGGCACAGCUCAGCCAGCGGCAGGUCCAGAGAGGAGUGGCAGUGGGAAGCGUCUCAGUCGCUCGGCCUCCCAUUGCUGUCCACUGCGUAGAUCCUCAGAGUCCAGACGAAGCACUGCUGUUCAGACAGACCGUCAGGUGGACCGUGAUCCCGGCCCGUCCUCCAGACAGCCUCGCCCAGAGAGCUCACCACGCAGGCACGCAGGGCGUGUGUUCCUGGCACCUCCACCCGGCGCUGUGCUGGGUAGCGUGCCCAUGGUUCAGUGUGUGCCAGUUUACCCAUCUGUGCUCUACUACCCCGGUCCCAAGCUGAAGGCAGCCAUACCCAUGCCGUACAUUUCCGUGGGAACGGAGCGACCCAGCCAAGCCAAAGCCUACCGGAUCCGAGAGGGAGAGCGCGGGCGGUCUCUCAGCAGCUCACUCGACCGAGCCAUCAUCGCUGCUGCAGACAUGAAGAGCUCCUCCAAGCGUAUGGUGCGCACCAUCAGUACUGGCCUCCAACACCAGAGGGCGCUCUCCCAGUCCUGUCUCUACUGAUGCAGGCUCAGGUCAGAGGGAAUGGGCAUGUGAAACCUAAAGGCCAAGUUUCAUCGGUCUGACACUGAGGAUGUCAUUGCUGUCGACAAGAACUUCAUGCAGCAAUGUAAAUAUCACUAAACAUUUGCCAAUGGCAGCAAAUUGUAGCAUAUGA